AUGGUCGCCCACGUUGAAGAAGCUCAUGCAUUACUCGACAAGUUUGAGGUGGAUGAUGAGAGCAAAACUGUCGAAGGUAAUACACCGCUACGACCAAGAUACGGCCGAUCAUUGCUCCCCCACGCCAAGCGACCAUUUAGCAGACGUCUGAGAGCAUGUCUUACGACCAUUAUCCUCAUUCUCGCUCUUGGCCUAGUAACUAUACUAUACACCACAAGGACGACACCGUUGACCAAUGAGGAACCCGAACAGCUUGCCUACCUGUUACAUCCUCACGAACAUGCCGCUCGUCCGCCGACGACACUUGUGUUCAACUGGACCAUCACUUCGGGACUCAGAUCACCUGACGGUGUAGAGAAGCACGUAUAUCUCGUCAACGACCAGUUUCCGGGGCCCUUGAUCGAAGCCAGGUCUGGCGACAGCAUAGUAGUCCACGUCAAAAAUGGCUUGGAAGACGAAGGUGUAUCUUUGCACUGGCACGGUCUCCUUCUCAAGAACCAAAAUGCUAUGGACGGCGCCGUGGGCUUCACACAAGACCCCACACUGCCUAACAGCUCAUUUAUGUACAACUUCACGAUAGGCGACGACGAGCAUGGUACUUUCUGGUGGCACAGCCAUUCCGAUCUCCAGCGCGCGGAUGGACUAUGGGGGGGUUUGGUCGUACACUCCCCCAAGGAAGACAAAUCUCUCCAAGACGACUAUCUCAUCAUGGUCGGUGACUGGUUCCAUAGAAACCAAUCUGAGGUGCUGAGUUGGUACGCUGAUCCUAGCAGUCGAGGGAACGAACCUGUACCGGAUUCAUUGUUGGCAAAUGGCCGGGGGCGAUUUAACUGUUCUAUGGCUGUUCCUGCGAGACCGGUCAACUGUUCACAGGUAAUGCUAGACGAACUAAGACCUCUAUUCAAAUCGCUGAGUGACUCUAUGAGGUUGAGAGUUGUGAACACCGGGUCGAUCGCCGGUUUUAGUGUUGGUCUAGAAGGAGCUACCCUUCAACCAGUGUUCGUCGAUGCGGGUUUUGGUGUUCAAUCCCAAGCGGUGAAAACUGUCGGUACUAUUUACCCUGGCCAACGAGUUGAUUUCAUUGUCAGAUGGGACUCAGAUCAUACAAACAAUCACCAAAUCGUCAUAUACAUGGAUGAGGAAGAUUUUGGAUAUCCAAACCCUUCAUUGGAGCCGGUACAAGCCUUUUCAGCUUUUGCCGAAGAUAUGAAAGAGCCUGUUAGAGAUAAAGGCGGCCUAGCUGCAAACGUCACCAAGACUCAGGUUCUCGAUUCAAUAAACUUGAAAGCGGCGAGGAGAGUUACCGACAUACCGCACAAAGCACAACAUACUAUCGUCCUUUAUGUAAAGACAGAAAAGCUCGCACAUCUCAACUACGAACCCGUCAGCUUUGUUAACCACACAUCCUGGAAACCUCAAACCCCCCCUCACAUAUCGCAGAACCGAUCUUCCUGGGACGACGACCAACUCGUCCCUCUCAUCCCCAUAAGACCACAACAACCCACAAGAGUCGAUAUCAUCAUCAACAAUCUUGAUGACGGCGCACAUCCUUUCCAUAUCCAUGGCCAUUCCUUCUAUGUCUUAUCCUCGUAUAGAAAUCCCGGCCGUGACAGCUGGGGGAGCUACAACCCACAUACCGGAGAGGCACCACCGAAUGGCCUCAAUCUUGAGUAUCCGGUACGUCGGGAUACAGUCAGUGUGCCGCGGCGUGGACAUGUCGUGUUGACCUUGGUAGCCGAUAACCCUGGCAUAUGGGCGUUACAUUGCCAUAUGCUGGUUCAUAUGGCGAGGGGCAUGGCAAUGGCGCUGGACGUUAGAUAUGUUGAUGAUGCGGCAUUUGAACAUGUAAAUGACACAGAAGUACAUCAGCGGUUCUCUUUUGUCUAG